AGAAAGAAGAAAAAAAGGAAAGAAACGAAGGAAGAAAAAAAGAGAAAGAAACGAGUUGGCGCGCGUCGAAUAAUGCGAUAUCAAUACUCAUCUCGCGGAGCGGAUGGGUGGCGUAGGGCGCCCGAGUCCGGUGCUACGCCGCUGUGCGGUGGCAUCCCCCUGGCCUUGGGUGGGGGGAGGGUGCGCGCGGUCCAAUCAUCGCAGAAUCCGGGGGAUGCCCGUGGGUUCGGCCGGGCAGCCGUGGGAGAGACGCCCCGCGACUCGAGGAUUCGCGGUUGUCGCCGAAUGCCUUCUCCGCUCGAGGGGUCGCGAAAAGGACGGUCGGUCGGCCAGCGUUCCGUCUCGAAGGGCGUUGGCCCGAAUUUUCCGCGCGCGCUACCUCGAACGCGGUUUCCACGCGCCGCGCGCGAAACGCAAUCGUGCUCGAGGAUGGAAUCGUGGCGAGGACGUGCACGCGCACGCAUCAUCGGGGCCCUGGAUGCGUGCGAUGGGCAAUCAUGGUAUCUCGCUACCUAGAAGAGACACAAUGGCCGAAAAAGUGUGGUUGCAUAAGAUAGGCACAUUCGUGAUCUACCCUGUAGAUCCGGGCUUUUGUAGAAUUGUAAAUAUCAGAAGCUCGUCUCUACAGGUAUCUUACGGAUGACAUGCCACGCGACUCUAGAUUGCAAUGCAUGGCGACACAUUCGUAUAAAUCAUCCUGACGUUCUCUCAAGCUUUUCGAAACGAUCAUAUAAGAAGACGUUUAGAGCUUUAGAAUCGAGUCAUUCAUCGGCUUUUUUAUCUGCAAGCAAUAUACAUAGAGAAUUCUAAAGAAGAAUCAUCAUUUUUUA